AUGGGCUGUACAUUGUCGAAAGAAGAGCGUGAUGCUCUUGAACAAAGUCGUAAUAUAGACAAGAAACUGAAAGAAGAUGGAAUGCAAGCUGCCAAAGAUGUGAAACUGCUUCUUUUGGGUGCCGGUGAAUCAGGGAAGAGUACAAUUGUUAAACAAAUGAAAAUUAUACACGAAGGAGGAUUUACCCAAGAGGAUAAUAAACAAUAUAAACCGGUUGUCUAUAGCAAUACAAUUCAAUCGAUGGUUGCUAUACUCAGAGCAAUGAAUACUCUUGGUAUUCAAUUUGGUGACAGUGAACAAGGUGCAGAGGAUGCGCGUAUUGUAUGCGAUGUUAUCCAAGCUAUGGAGGAUACGAAACCAUUUUCAGAGGAGCUGUUAGAUGCAAUGAAACGAUUAUGGGCUGACUCUGGUGUACAAGAAUGCUUUGCACGUUCGAAUGAAUAUCAGUUGAACGAUUCAGCUAAAUAUUUCCUUGACGAUUUGGAUCGUUUAGGCGCUAAAGACUACAUGCCAACAGAACAAGAUAUUCUUAGAACUCGAGUGAAGACAACUGGUAUUGUUGAAGUUCAUUUCCAGUUUAAAAAUAUGAAUUUCAAACUAUUCGAUGUCGGUGGACAACGAUCAGAGCGUAAAAAAUGGAUUCAUUGUUUUGAAGAUGUCACAGCAAUUAUCUUCUGUGUUGCCAUGAGUGAAUAUGAUCAAGUAUUACACGAAGAUGAGACAACGAAUCGUAUGCAAGAAUCUCUAAAAUUGUUCGAUUCAAUUUGUAACAAUAAAUGGUUCACUGAUACAAGUAUCAUACUGUUUUUAAACAAGAAGGAUUUAUUUGAAGAGAAAAUUAAACGUUCACCGUUGACUAUCUGUUUCCCAGAAUAUCCAGGUAAACAGACGUAUGAAGAGGCAGCCAUUUAUAUUCAAGCAUCAUUUGAGGCUAAAAAUCGAUCACCGAAUAAAGAGAUCUACUGUCAUCAAACCUGUGCCACUGAUACAAAUAAUAUUCAAUUCGUCUUCGAUGCUGUUACAGAUGUGAUUAUAGCGAAUAAUUUGAAAGGAUGUGGUUUAUAUUGA